AUGGAUAAAGACGUUAUUGUGAAAGGGAGACGAAAAGAUUCAAUAGAACAAUUCAUUGGAAGUCCUCAAUUAUUAUUAGAACAUGGUUUAUCACAACUUCGAUAUAUGAUAUUAGUUGAAGGGUUAUCUAUUCCAGAAGGAUAUGAUCAAUGUCCUUAUCGUACAUAUGUAUGGUGUAUUUUAUCUCGAGUACCACCAUUUUCAACAGAGAAUUAUCUACAAUUGUUAGCAAAAUCACAAGAAAUGUUACCUGAAUCACUUUCCACAAAAAUUAAAAAUGACACAUUUCGUACUUUAAUGAAUGAUAAAAAAUUCCAUCUGAAAGUUGAUGAAGAAUCUUUAAUUCGAAUACUUUCGUGUAUUGGAAUAACUACAAAAGUUGGAUAUGUUCAAGGGUUAAAUGUUUUAUUAGCUCCUAUUGCUUACGUAUGUUAUAAAAGUGAACCACAAGCAUUUGCAAUUCUUCGAAAUUUAAUAACAACUCAUAUCCCCCUAUAUAUUACUCCAAAUAUGGAAGGUGUACACACUGGUUUACAUUUAGUUGAUACUGUUUUGAAAAUCAUUGACCCUAUAUUAAGUGAUUAUCUUGAUUCUAAAUUUUUGAAAGCAGAAAUUUAUGCAUUACCUUCUAUAUUGACAUUAUGUGCUUGUACUCCACCAUUAAAGUCUGUUCUUAAAUUAUGGGAUUUUUUAUUUGCAUAUGGUCCUCAUAUGAAUGUCUUAUUUGUUGUUGCUCAAUUGAUAAUCAAUAGAUCUACAAUCUUAGAAAGUGAUCAACCAAUGAAGAUUUUACGUACUUGGCCAAAUUUAGAAGAAAGUGAAAUUAUCAAAUUAAGCUUGAGUUUUAUUCCUGAAUUACCUAAAACUUUAUAUGAUUUAAUUGCAAGACAUGGCUAUGAUAAACGAGUCCCUGGUGAAUUAGCUAGAUUCCUUGCCACUAAUAAGAUGUGA